AUGAAUAUGUAUAAUAAAAGGCAUGCAAUUAAAAUAUUACAUUUACCAGAAUAUCGAUCAACAGGCGAAAGAAUGAAACGAUCAGCUGUCACCAAUAUUAUCAAAAAUGCGAAUAAUCAACGUUUAUUAAGUGGUGAUGCUACUCAAGUACAUAUCGCAACUAUAAGCGAUCCUGAAUUGACAGCAUGUGUACGAGAAAAGAAAAUUCAACUUGAUCAAAAAAAUUCCAUGCGCCGUUCAAGUUAUCCACUAAAAUCGGUACAUUUUAUGCGUGAAAAUAGUGAUGGUGGUAUAUUAAAUAGACGCACUCAAGAUGAUUAUAAUAUUAAAAUAUUUCAAUAUCGAAAACAACAAGCUGAAUUAAAAUGGUAUAUAGAUCAUUUUUUAAAUAAAAUGAGGGUGUGGGUGUGGAUGUGGUUGUUGGUGACUGUAGAUGUACAGAAGAGCU